AUGACGUCGAUCCGGCGCUCCUUUGUGCCUCUUGUCGUGGCCAGUCUUUGGUUCGUAGCAAGUGUGGCACUCAGCUUUCACUACCUCGGUGUUGUGCAGCCACUGCUUGCUAGCGACCUUCUCUGGCUCGAUUACAAUACAACGGGGUAUCAGGCGUUCGUCAUUGACCUGCUCAAUCAAGUACUCGAGACCGCCCCCGACGCGUCCACCGUCGAUAUCGGCGCGGUGGCCAUCGAAAGAUCGUACGCACUUCCGGUGAUCGAAACCAUCGUCCACCCAACGUAUGCAAUGUCCCUCUUGACGGCCAAGCUUACUGGUUUGGACUACGCGAUCGCGAGUCUUCGCAACACCACUAUCGAGAAGCUGCUCUCGCUUCCAACGCAGUACUGCUAUGUCGACUUUGCCCGAGUCUUUGAGAUGGCCCACACGGCAGAGCGCCAAGCUCGAUGCAACACCCAGUAUACAGCCAAUGGUGCCGUGUAUCUUGACGCCAUUUUGCGCAACACGGACGGGCACGUAUUUCUCAAAGCGUUUGGCGGCCCCAACAGUCCCUUGUCAGUGGCUCUACUCCACGACCUUGAAGCCUCAACUGUAGGCCAACUCUGGUUACAGGCAGUCGCGUCGGUGGCCACAACCGUAUCCCAAGAAGCUUUUCUGUGGCAGUCGCACGGUAUCACCAACUUUCGCUACCAGUGGCAAAAUCGGCAUCUCCCGGGCUUGGUCGAAACGGCGACGCUCGUCAACGCGCUUGGGCUCAUCGAGUCCGUAUCGCUUAAGAGUAUCGCAUACAGCGAGGGUCCCGGGACGUCAAGUGUCUUUAGCAGUGCGUUCUCCUUGGGUGUCGAGUACGCUGGUCACUGCAACAAGAGCCUUCUCCGCAGCACGUCUGAGCAUGCUUGGAAAGGGCCGUGUGCUACCUUGGAGAGUUAUGCGACCAAAUUGCCUCUUACCAUUCAACAGACUUUGCUCCGGAAUGCUCUUGGACCAUUCUUCACGAUCGACCUCUACGUUGUCCCGCCGCCCCGCUCUCUUGUCUCACUUGCGACAGUCCUGUCGGCGACGAUCUUGGAUGCACUCGACGACACGACCGCCGAGGCUUUUCAUUCUAUUGAAGCACUCUUUGCAACUCCAACACCGCCAGCUUGGUCCAUGAACGAUCUUGUGUUUUAUGGCGGGAACCCGUUUUGUCUCGAUGGAGCGACGUCAAAUAUGUACUCACUUGCAUCAUUUUUAACCACGGAUGCGUGCCUCACGCCCAUCGGCUCGUAUGUGUUUAUCGAUUCGCGACCCAUGCUCAUGGCGCUUGCGCUUGUCAACGACUCGAUCGACAGUAUUUGCGCGCUGAGUGCUUCUAUGUCAGACUGGUGCUCGUCGUCGCUGCACCAAGCGACCGUGCUCCACCCAAAGUUGCAUGUCGAUCCACACCACGUGCAAGCCGCCAUGACCGCGCUUUCGAGCCUCAAUGUGGGACUCGUUCAGUUUGCCUCGGAUCUCAACCAAACCGCAUGGAUGCUGCUGGUGCAGCCCCUUUUAGAGCCGCCAUUUUCCUUCUAUGGCUGGACCCUGCUCUUCGAGUGGGUGGCGGGCGUCCGUGAGUGUGCACGCUGUUUGCUAUCGCGCACCGACAGCAUGAAUCCGCCAUGA